CGAGAACGCAGGUUAGUCAGCAGCCACUCAAAUAAAUAGAGCUUGGAAUCUUGAACUGCGGCUCAAGUUCCCCCAAGUUGUCAAGUUAAAAAAAUAAACUGGAUAAUAGCCGAUUCACGAAAAGCCCAUUAAUCGCUAACUACUAGAACAACAAGAACAAAUAGACAGAGAGGAGACAGCGCCGCGUGUGCUGUCGAAAUCUCCAAUACGUCGGUUGAUCGCCAAGAAGCGUUUGUCCCUCGACACCGUCGAGCCCGGUCGCUAGUGUCCGGACAGGACCUGGUCCGGUUUCGCGCUGAGGUGUUGGGCAUUCCACCCAGAGGUGCAACUGGAGCAGCGGACAAAGCGCCCGACGCCGCCGACGAGGACGACGAGCUAACGGAGCUUAAUCUCGCGUUUUCUUCUGCAAGCAUGUCAAUGGCCAGCAACAUCACCAGCAGCUCCAGCAGCCCCAGCACCACAGUCCAGCCCCCUUCUCACAAAACCAAUUCUGCUGCCGGUACAGGCCCCUUCGCCCACUUCUACGAUCCCAACAAUAUCAAUAAUAACGGCAACAGCUUCAAUUCGCCUGGCCCCAUUAUGGCGGGCAUGUCUCGUCAGAGCCCAAGUCCGGGCACCCCCUCCACUCAGAAUGGGGCCAUGGGCCCGAUGCAUGUUGGAAUGCCAGUCAAUGCCGGACACCAGAUGGAUCUCAAUCAUCUUUACGAGAUGGUUCUGGAGCUCAGCGAUGUAUUGAAGAAUAACCGCGACAUGACGAAGGGCAUUAUUGACAGCGCGGAAGAAAUUAUGAAACGUGCUGCGACCGAGGGUGCAAGUCCAACUCUGCAACAGGUCAACGGAGAGGUAACAGCCGCCAGAAUCGCAGAACUCGAACGUUCGCUCGCACGAGAAAAAUCCCUCGUUGAAGCCCUCAAGCGGGAACAGGUCGAAAACACCAAGCUGAUUGGGGAAUAUGAAACCGCCGUCGGCAUCAUGGUGGAGCAGAUCCGUCACUACUGCCAAAACAAUAACAUGCACUACCUCGCCCAGAAACGUCACUACAACAACCUCCUCCAGGCCGAGCGCGACGCCCACCUUGAGAGCCGCCUGGACAGAGACAAUUGGCACGCCAAAGCAAUGCGAUGCUCCGAGAUGAUCCGUACCGCAUACCGGCUUCGCUGCGAGGAGGAAGAGGUCCCCAUUCGGAUUAUAUCCGGUUUACAGAAUGAGGUUCGUGCGUACCGCAAUGCUUUGGGCAUGGAGCCUGAGAAGCCGGAGGAAGAGUAUGGGUGGGAAAUUCUCAAGGAUCUCCCUCCCGGUGCGGAUUAAUUCGUAUUUUUCCCACAGCUCGGUUUGGGAUUUCUCAGAUUUCGUUACGAGUGCGAUGACAAGAUGAUAUACAUUGUGGUAUGGAGCAUGCAUGGCGUUCAGGAACUGGGAAUGGAGUUUGCUGGUUCAGUUUCGUUUUCUUCAGAUUUGUUUUCUUUUCUACCUUUUCGUUUCUAUCUCUGCAAUGUGUAUUCUUUGGCAUAUACCCCGUGGAAGAUGGUUGGGCAAGCCUCUAAGGAGGGCCCAUUUCUCACAAGUACAGUGCAUUUACUUCUCUUUUUCAUCCUAAGAUGGAACAGGGGGCGGGUCAUGUCCUAAUAUUUCCUUUGCCCUUUCGAUUUAGUUCUCUUUCCUUGGCCGCUGAUGUCCAUAUUCUGUUCCGUUCAUACAUUCAUGGUCCAGUGUGUCGACCCCCAUAUCCUCUCUCGUCGGCAGCAGGCGACUGGUACCUUCCCGGAAGCUGUUUCAUGGAUAUAAAUCUUUUACGUUCCAAUAUACUACUUGAGAUUUAAUGUGUCUCCUUUUCCGUCUGUUUCCAAGGAAGAUGAAAAAGUCUCUUCACACCUCAGAUUGAUACAGCAUAACUUCGCGGUGCAAGUCAUACUGUAAUUGUCGUAGCGCUCUUUCAAUCCCUCACUUCGCGCUGUUCCGCGUAGGUGAAGCGCUCAACGAAUAUUCCGCCCAGGUCACCAGUCUCGCAUCGAGCCGAAUUUCCGAAUUGAUUGUCAGUAGAGGUUUCAAGUCAGACGGGAAAAAAUGAGAAGGCCUCAGCUUCUGAACCUAAAUCCAAUCAUGAUAGCGGAGAAUUCUUAAAAAGACCAGCGUCUACGCCCUAAGGGGUGUCUCAUAACCCCCACGGCGGAGAGAGGAGGUCAACUUUUGUUUUUUUAAAAAAGUUCUCAUCCGUAGAAGACUUA